AUGACUCCUCAGUCAUCGCAGGCACUUGAGCGUGCUCAUGAGGCUGCACCUGAACGUGCACCUGCACAGGCUACGCCUGCGGUGCCUCAGGCUUUUGGAGGAGGACUGUCUGAUUUAUCCCUUCUUCCUCUUUACCCUGACCAUGAACGUGAUACGCUCAAGGUCAUUAACCAUGGGCGGAAAAUCAGUAGGCUCGUACCACCUAUUGAGCCAUGGUUUGAUGAGUUUUUAGAGCUUUCAGGAUUGAAAGAUUUGGUCCAGUGUGGAUACAACAUGGUCAACUGGGGUAUGGUUAACGCUUUCGUUGAGAGGUGGCACCAUGAGACAUCGUCGUUUUACCUACCACACUGA